UUAUGUAAACACUUGCCUUGCCUAAGCUACAACAGCCAGUGCAUUUAGGCAAAAUUACCAGGGUGUUUGAAGCUUGCAACUCUGGAAUGGCCGCCGUUACAGAAGCAGAACCACGAGUAUCUUCUAAACAGUCCAACAACAAAAAGGGAAAAAGAAAGCGAACCCAUACUGACCCUGAAAUCGACCGACUCGACUCACUCCCAUGGAACUCUUCCAUCUCCCAAGACGAUCCUUUCUCUGUUAUUGCUGGUUCUCACGAGCUCGAAGGAGGGUUUCUAUCACUUGAAGAGAUUGACGAGGGUGAUUAUGGUUUAGAAAUUCCUGGUCAUGAUAAGAAGGUGAAGAAAGAAAGAAAGAAUAAAUCUAAGAAACAGAAGGAUAAUGAUGCUGAUGGGGUUGAAGAGGAGGUGGAGGAGGAGGGGAUAAACGUGGAGGAUAAGAAAAAGAGGAAGAAGAGAAAGAAGAAAAAGAAAGCGAAGGAAUCAUCAAGGGUUGAUGAAACUACUUCUGUUAGCAAUAACAAGGAUGAUGUAGAAGGAGAAUCAGUUGACGAGACUGAAUUUUAUGGAUGGAAUGAGUUGAGACUUCAUCCUCUGCUCAUGAAAUCGAUAUAUAGGCUUGGGUUCAAGGAACCAACACCAAUACAGAAAGCUUGUAUUCCUGCCGCAGCUCAUCAAGGGAAGGAUGUUGUUGGAGCUGCAGAAACUGGCUCAGGCAAAACUCUUGCUUUUGGUUUGCCCAUUUUGCAACGUCUCCUCGAGGAACAAGAUAAGGCUUCAAACAUGGGUGACAAUGUGGGAGAGGAAGCUGAAAGGUUUGCACCAAAAGGUCUUUUGCGUGCUCUCAUCAUCACUCCAACAAGGGAGCUUGCCAUUCAGGUGACAGACCAUUUUAAGGAAGCAGCUCAUGGUAUCAAUAUUAGGGUGGUUUCGAUUGUUGGUGGGAUGUCAACAGAGAAGCAGGAAAGACUUUUGAAAGCAAGGCCUGAGAUUAUUGUUGGGACUCCUGGGAGGUUGUGGGAACUUAUGUCAGGAGGGGAAAAGCAUCUUGUCGAGUUGCAUUCGUUAUCUUUCUUUGUGCUGGAUGAGGCAGAUCGAAUGAUUGAAAAUGGACAUUUUCGUGAGUUACAGUCUAUUAUUGACAUGCUUCCCAUGGCCAGUGGUUCAAUUGGAGGACAAUCUCAAAGUUCAGAAAAUUGCCAAACACUUUCAAACAUGCAAAUAAAGAAAAGACAAACGUUUGUUUUUUCUGCAACUAUAGCAUUAUCUGCUGAUUUUCGCAAGAAGCUAAAGCGUGGCUCAUUAAAAUCAAAGCAAUCAAUGGCUGAUGGGCUGAAUUCCAUAGAAAUGCUCUCUGAACGAGCUGGAAUGAGAGCAAAUGCUGCCAUCAUUGACCUGACAAAUGCAUCAAUCCUUGUAAAUAAGCUCGAGGAAUCUUUUAUAGAAUGUAAGGAAGAAGAUAAAGAUGCUUGCCUGUAUUAUAUAUUGAGUGUUCAUGGAAAAGGUCGCACAAUUGUUUUCUGUACAUCAAUUGCAGCUUUGCGCCACACUUCUGCCCUUUUGCGCAUCCUAGGCAUCAAUGUUUGGACACUUCAUGCUCAGAUGCAGCAGCGAGCUCGUUUGAAGGCAAUAGAUCGUUUUCGUUCAAAUGAACAUGCUAUCCUUGUUGCUACAGAUGUUGCUGCAAGAGGCCUCGACAUCCCUGGUGUCCGAACUGUUGUUCACUAUCAGCUUCCACAUUCAGCAGAAGUUUAUGUUCACCGAAGUGGAAGAACUGCAAGAGCUUGUACUGAUGGAUGCAGCAUUGCCCUUAUCUCAUCAAAUGAUACUUCAAAAUUUGCCUCUUUGUGCAAAUCAUUUUCAAAGGAAAGUUUUCAGAGAUUUCCUUUAGAAGAGUCAUACAUGCAAGAGGUGAUGAGACGGCUGUCUCUUGCACGUCAAAUAGACAAGAUUACAAGAAAGGACUCCCAGGAGAAGGCAAAGAAAACCUGGUUUGAACGAAAUGCAGAAUCAAUUGAGUUAAUGGUGGAGAAUGAUGACAGUGAGGAGGAAAGAGUGAACAAUCAUAAGCAAAAGAGAGUCACCUCAAUGCAACUGAAAAAUUUACAGCAGGAGCUUAACACUCUACUUUCACGUCCUUUGCAACCAAAAUCGUUUUCACAUCGCUAUUUGGCAGGGGCUGGGAUUUCACCUCUCCUGCAACAUCAGUUUGAAGAAUUAACAAGGCAAAAGUUAGACCAAGGUGUGAAUUUGGGAGAUAACAAGAGAAGGAAAUUGGUGGUUAUUGGUCAAGAUUGUGUGGAGCCGCUCCAGGCACUCCGAAGUUCUGGUCAGGAGGUGCGCAUGGACGUGAAAGAGACGGCAGAAAAACGUAGAGACUUGGAGAAUUUGAGGAGAAAAAGAAAGGGAGAGAAGAAACGUUUACGUGAUCAGCGAAGGCAGCAGAAAAAAAGGUUGAAAGAAGUUGACGAGUAGAGUUCUUCUUUGAAGAUUUUGUCCCCCUCCCCCCCCCCCCCCCCCCCCCCCUCUAUUUCAAUUUGUGGCUGAGGCUCUUCAUAAAUUUCAUAUGAUUGACCCACAAAAAAAGAAAAGAUGAUACAGCAAAUGCAAUGCUAUUUAGUUGUAGAACUACAUGUUGAACAUAGUGUUUUUAGCUGUAUGCAGGUAUCAUUAUCUGAAUAUAGAACAUGAAUGUGAAAUUUAGACUUAGAAUCUGAAA